AUGGGCAAGAAAACUGGUUUUAUUUUACAGAUCAUUUUCUAUGAGGACAGGAACUUCCAGGGUCGUUAUUAUGAGACCAGCAGUGACUGCCCUGAGCUGACCUCCUACCUGAGCAGGUGUCACUCCUGCAGGGUGGAGAGCGGCUGCUUCAUGGUCUACGACCGAGCCAACUACAUGGGAAACCAGUAUUUCAUGAGGAGGGGCGAGUACUCCGACUACAUGAGCAUGAUGGGAAUGUCUGACUGCAUCAGGUCCUGCCGUAUGAUCCCAAUGUACAGAGGGAACUACAGGAUGAGGAUCUAUGAGAGGGAGAACUUCGGAGGUCAGAUGCAUGAGACAAUGGACGACUGUGACAACAUCCAAGACCGCUACCGUAUGAACGACUGCAUGUCCUGCCAUGUGAUGGACGGACACUGGCUGAUGUACGAGCAGCCUCACUACAGAGGCAGGAUGAUGUACUUCAGGCCUGGAGAGUACAGGAGCUUCAGAGACAUGGGAAUGAGUGGAAUGAGGUUCAUGAGCAUGAGACGCAUCAUGGACUCUUGGUACUGAAUGUUCACUAAAACCCAUGAAUGAAAGAAGAUACUCCUGUAUUUUCACUUUAAUUAACUGGUUGUUUGGAAGUUCCCAUAACAAAGGAGUGAAAGUCAAUAGAAGUAAGAAG